AGCUCUCGUCGCGAUUGUCACGGAAUUGUUUCAUGUGUACACAUAUGAGUCCUCUUAUGCCAGUGUCCGUGAACGGUUGCCCAACGGACUGUAAAAUAGAAAAAGAGGAAGGAAGGCUGUCUGAUAGCUGUGGCCUCCAUUUUUGAAGGUGUUUUAUUAGCCCCAAACCAUGGCUAACACAUUAUUAGCCCUGAGCACUAGAACCAUUCUUAGAAGUAAGGGAGCAAAACAUCAAAUUCAAAUUGCGCAAAUGGGAUCUUUCAGCCGCACGUUAAUAGGCAAAAGGGAAAUUGUAGGUUUUGGUCAUAAUGGUCAACCAAAUUAUCUGGAUAAAGCUGAAUUUCCACUACCAGCAAUUAGAUGGAAGGAGCCAACACCUGAAAUUCAAGCUCUUCGGGAGAAAGAGAAGGGAGAUUGGAAAAACCUCUCAAUUGAAGAAAAGAAGGCACUAUAUCGAGCUUCAUUUAGACAAACCUAUGCUGAAUUCACUGCACCAACCGGUGAAUGGAAAUUUGCGCUUGGUACUGCGUUUAUUUUCAUGUCCCUUGCUCUGUGGUUGUUUUAUGGCCUUAGGACAUUUGUAACUCCCCCUUUGCCAGAGAGCUUCUCGAAGGAGAGCAGAGAAUUGCAGCUUAGGCGUAUGUUAGACUUGCAAGUAAAUCCCAUUGAAGGUAUCUCUUCAAAAUGGGACUACGAAAAGGACGACUGGAAGAAGUGAAUUCUGUCGUAUUACAUUUGAAGGCAAUGGAUGCUGUAUCAGGGCAACGAUAUGGCAACCGAUGUUUACCCAUAGUAUAAUUUAUGAAAAUAUAUUUGUCACCCUGGUAUAUUAAUUAGCUCAUCCAUUUGCUGUUAAUAAAAAUUACAAGUUUAGAA